AUGGGAACAACAAACAAAUUUGCAUUGGGAAUUGCUGAGUUUUCUUAUUCAGGAGGGGCAUUUCCUCUUUUUAAAGAAAUUGGAUUAAAUAAAUAUAUAGCUGCAAGUUCAAAACCUCCUUUUCCCAUUCAUCUGCAUUUUCUUGGUCAGAAACACAAUUAUUCAAUGCCUGGUAAGAAUUUCUUCAGAAAAAGUGUAUAA